GCUGGCAUGAGGCAGAGGGGGCUUUAAAAAGGCCACUGUAUCUAGGCUGGGGACUGGAGCCUGUGCUAGGGACUGCCCUCCAUCUGGCACCAUGCAGCUCUCCCUAGCCCCGUGUCUUGUCUGUCUGCUUGUUCAUGCAGCCUUCCGUGCUGUGGAGGGCCAGGGGUGGCAAGCCUUCAAGAAUGAUGCCACAGAAAUCAUCCCUGGGCUCAGAGAGUACCCUGAGCCUCCCCAGGAGCUGGAGAACAACCAGACCAUGAACCGGGCAGAGAACGGAGGAAGACCUCCCCACCAUCCCUAUGACACCAAAGACGUGUCGGAAUACAGCUGCCGCGAGCUGCACUACACCCGCUUCGUGACCGACGGGCCGUGUCGCAGCGCCAAGCCGGUCACCGAGCUGGUGUGCUCGGGCCAGUGUGGCCCCGCGCGCCUGCUGCCCAACGCCAUCGGCCGCGGGAAGUGGUGGCGCCCGAACGGACCCGACUUCCGCUGCAUCCCGGACCGCUACCGCGCUCAGCGGGUGCAGCUGCUGUGCCCCGGUGGCGCGGCGCCGCGCGCGCGCAAGGUGCGUCUGGUGGCCUCCUGCAAAUGCAAGCGCCUCACACGCUUCCACAACCAGUCGGAGCUCAAGGACUUCAGGCCCGAGACCGCGCGACCGCAAAAGGGUCGCAAGCCACGGCCCCGCGCCCGGGGCGCCAAAGCCAAUCAGGCGGAGCUGGAGAACGCCUACUAGAGCGCUCCCGCGCCCACGCAGCCCCCGAGCGAUCCGACUCGUUUUCAUUGUAAAGCCUGCAGCCCAAACCAGGGGCACCAAACCUUC